AUGCCUAAUCCUGUAUUCGAGGAGACAAUUAUACCAAGACAUUUGGAUUUAUUCUGCCGAGCAGAUGAUGGAGUAAGCUCUAUUGCAACCAGACUAGACGGGGGUUCAAGUGUGAAAAAAACUGCAGACAUGGCGUAUGUUAGCAAACACAAUGAUUUUAAUAAAAAGCCGUCAGAUGAACGCAAAUCAUCAAGCGGUUCAGAUUCUUUCAUGGGAGAUGCACGUAGACUAAGUGAAGCUGGUGUAAGACGUAGUUCAGGAAACAGUGUUGUUCUCACAGAAGAUACGGACAAAUUUAUUAUCGGCAAUCGAAUUUGGGUGGGUGGAACUAAACCCGGGCAAAUUGCAUACAUAGGCGAAACUAAUUUUGGAAACGGGGAUUGGGCUGGUGUAGUACUCGAUGAACCAAUUGGUAAAAAUGAUGGGUCCGUGAGUGGAACUAGAUAUUUUCAAUGUGGACCUAAGAGAGGCAUAUUUGCUCGUCUGACUAAUCUCACUUCUACUCCUUUGAGUUCUGUUGAAGACUCAAUGGUUCAAAGUUCAUUUGCCGCAACUAAACCAUUAGGGUUUUCAACUCCUAUGCCUAAACGACAAGGUUCAACUGUGACAGCCCCUAAAACUGCCGCAAAAAGUAUUAGUCAAACACCAAUAGCUAAAAGUAGCAGUGAUUUAAAAAUUGGCGAUCGUGUCAUAAUCAGCAGUGGACAAGGAUCUAAAUUAGGAGUUCUAAGGUAUCGUGGCGCAACGCAAUUUGCACCAGGAGAAUGGUGUGGUAUCGAAUUAGAUGAUCCUCUUGGAAAAAAUAAUGGGAUUGUGGAAGGAAUUAAAUAUUUUGAAUGUGAAGAUAAAUUUGGCUUAUUCACUCCCAUUGCUAAGGUUUCCAAAUCGCCGAUGUCUGCCAGUCGAAUGUCGACCAAUUGUGCUAUUCACAAGGCAAAACGUUCGCCAGGUUCUAUGAAUGGAUCUAUGAUCAGUGGUAUUACAUCAACCACCAUGUCAUCGAUACCAACUCGGCCAACAAAGGUAUCAGAUAUGGAUCGAUUAAAAUUGGAAUUAACCCAAAAGAAAAAUGAAAAUGAACUUCUUCGUUCACAAUUUAUUAAAGCGGCAAAUCAAGCUGAUGUUGCUGAAAAAAAAUUGGAGGAAACGUUAAAAGCUCAAGUUGAACAGCCGUCAGAAAUUCAAGUCAAUGGUAUAAUAAUGCUACAAAACCAAUUAGAUAAUAUAAAAAAACAAAUAGAUGAUGAAAAAGAAAAAGUUCAAAAUCUACAGUUCACCAAUGAAGAACAAAAUGUUUUAAAUAUUGAAUUACAAAAUAAAAACUCUGAACUUUUAAUAAAGAUUAAAGAACUAGAUGUCGAUUUGGCUAAAGAACGAAGUCUAGCAAAAGAUGUAGAAAAAGAAAAAAUGAAAAUUUUUGAAAAAGAAGAAGAAUUAUGUAGAGUAAAAGAAGAGUUAGAAACUCUAAAAAAAUUAAUAGACAAUAACGAAGAUGAAUUACAAAAAUCAGUAUCCAAUUUAAGUUCAGAAGUAGUUGAUAAAGAAGCAAUUUUAAAUACAUUACGUCAAACAUUGAAUGAAAAUUCUCAAACUCAUGAUCGUUUAUUAAAAGAGGCUAAUGAAAAUUUAUCUGCUACCACAGAACGGUUAACCAAAGUAAUAGAAGAAAAAGAAAAAAAAAUUGAACAGAAUCAAGAGAUGAUUGACCAAUUAAACGAAGGUAUAAAAUGUUUGAGUGCAUUAAAGAAUGAAGAACAUGAUGAUAUCGUAAAUAAUCUUAAAAACGAGUUAUUAAAAUUAGAAAAUGAAUACAAAGUAAUCAUUAAUGAAAAAGAACAAGAUACUAAAAUAAUUCAAGAUAACCAUAUCAAAAUUGAAAAUGAACUCAAACAAGAAUUAAAAAGUUUAACAGAAAAUAAAAAUCAAGAAAUUGAACAAUUACAACAACAAAAUCUUGAAAAUCUUGAAAAACUUGAAAAUGCCAAUCAAAAUAUAAAUACAGAAUUAAAAGCAGCAUUACAAUCUAUACAAGAUCAAACAACUGUAAUAGCUGAUCUAGAAAAAAAAUAUAAUGAUUUAGAACUUCAACAAGAUUCUACUAGAAAUGAAUUAGAAAAAAAACUAACUAAAAAACUCAAAACUGUUGAAAAUGAAUUAACAUGUUUAAAAUCUGAAAAAUCAAUGUUAGAAGAAAAGCAUGAAAUUUUUGUGAAGGAAACAACAAAUGCAACAAACGCCCUGGAGGAUAAAUUAAAACAAAAUAAUAUUUUAAUUGAAAAUCUAAAUAAAUCAUUAAAUGAGUUAACUUUAUCAAAACAAAAUGAAUUAAAUUCUAUGAAAAAACAAAUACUGCAGUUGGAAGGAGAACGGGACGAGUUAUUAAAACAACAAAGUUUAGAAUUAGCCACUAAAGAUGAACUAAUAAAUACACUAUCCAAUAAACUUGAACUGUCAUUAACAGAAAAACAAAAACAAGAUUUAAGUAAUGCUAAUUUACAGACUGAAUUAACAAAUGAAACUACAAAGUAUCAAACAACUAUUAAAGAUUUACAAAACAAAAUUAAUGAAUUAGAAGUAAAUAUUGCAUCAAAUCAAGAAUCGUAUAAAUCAGAACUAGAACUAUUAAGUAAUGAAAAACUAACAAGUACAUCAGAAAAUUUGAAUCUUUUAGAAAAAGUGAAGUCCUUGGAAAUAUCAAAGUUGAAUCUUCAAGAUAAAUUAGCGUCUAAUGAAAUAUGUAUACAAGAUAUUCAACAGUUAAAUAAUGUAAUUGAGGAAAAAAAUAAAAUUAUUGAUGAUAAUCAAAUAAAAAUUAAACAUUUAGAUAAUUUUGUUAUACAAAUCGAAAAUCAAUACAAAGUUAUUCUAAAACAAAAAGAAGAAGAAAUCAAGGAGCUAUUAAAAAUUGGAGAAGAAAAGAUGGAAAUAGAAAAGUUGUCAUUAGAAGAAAAAACUAAAGUUAUGUUAAAUGAUAAAGACAAAGAAAAUUCAAUACUCCACAAAAAAAUUGUAGAUUUAGAAAAUAUCAAAAAAAAUUUAGAAAUACAAUUAGAAACGAGUAAAUCACUUGAACAAGAUUUGAAACAAUCAAAUGAAAUAAUCCAAGAUAAAAUUAAAACUAUUAAAGAAAACAAUUUGAAGAUUGAAGAUCUAAAUAAAUUAAUUAGUCUAUCCAAAAAUGAACUUGAAAGCUUCAAAUUAAAAUUUGAAAACCAUGCUAAGCUUAUAUUGGAUGAAAAAAAUAAUGAAAUAACCGAACUCAUGGAAAAAUUUAGUAUUCUGGAAAACUCUAAAACAAGCGUUGAGCAACAAUUAAUUGAAAACAGCAAACAACAAGAAAAUAUGAUAUCUGAGCUUAAAAAAUCAAUUGAAGAGAAAACCAAACUAAUUAAUGAUAAUAAUUUAAACAUUGAGCAGUUGAAUAGUAUGAUUGAGCAAUGUAAAGAGAAGUUUAAUUCAGAGCUGAAAGAAAAAGAAGACAAAAUGAAAGAGCUUAUAAAAGUAGGGGAAGAGAAAUUAACGGAAGAAAAAUUAAAAUUAGAAAACCAUGCUAAGCUUAUAUUGGAUGAAAAAAAUAAUGAAAUAACCAAACUCAUGGAAAAACUUAGUAUUCUGGAAAACUCUAAAACAAGUGUUGAGCAACAAUUAAUUGAAAACAGCAAAAAACAAGAAAAUAUGAUAGAUGAACUUAAAAUAUCUGUUGAAGAGAAAACAAAACUAAUCAAUGAUAAUAAUUUAAACAUUGAGCAGUUGAAUAGUAUGAUUGAGCAAUGUAAAGAGAAGUUUAAUUCAGAGCUGAAAGAAAAAGAAGACAAAAUGAAAGAGCUUAUAAAAGUAGGGGAAGUGAAAUUAACGGAAGAAAAAUUAAAAUUAGAAAACCAUGCUAAGCUUAUAUUGGAUGAAAAAAAUAAUGAAAUAACCAAACUCAUGGAAAAACUUAGUAUUCUGGAAAACUCUAAAACAAGUGUUGAGCAACAAUUAAUUGAAAACAGCAAAAAACAAGAAAAUAUGAUAGAUGAACUUAAAAUAUCUGUUGAAGAGAAAACAAAACUAAUCAAUGAUAAUAAUUUAAACAUUGAGCAGUUGAAUAGUAUGAUUGAGCAAUGUAAAGAGAAGUUUAAUUCAGAGCUGAAAGAAAAAGAAGACAAAAUGCAAGAGCUUAUAAAAGUAGGGGAAGAAAAAUUAACAGAAGAAAAAUUAAAAUUAGAAAACCAUGCUAAAUUUAUAUUGGAUGAAAAAAAUAAUGAAAUAACCAAACUCAUGGAAAAACUUAGUAUUCUAGAGAACUCUAAAACAAGUGUUGAGCAACAAUUAAUUGAAAACAGCAAAAAACAAGAAAAUAUAAUAGAUGAAUUUAAAAUAUCUAUUGAAGAGAAAACAAAACUAAUCAAUGAUAAUAAUUUAAACAUUGAACAGUUGAAUAGUAUGAUUGAGCAGUGUAAAGAAAAGUUUAGUUCAGAGUUGAAAGAAAAAGAAGAUAAAAUGAAAGAGCUUAUAAAUGUAGGGGAAGAGAAAUUAACGGAAGAAAAAUUAAAAUUAGAAAACCAUGCUAAGCUUCUAUUGGAUGAAAAAAAUAAUGAAAUAUCCAAACUCAUGGAAAAACUUAGUAUUCUAGAGAACUCUAAAACAAGUGUUGAGCAACAAUUAAUUGAAAACAGCAAAAAACAAGAAAAUAUGAUAGAUGAACUUAAAAUAUCUGUUGAAGAGAAAACAGAACUAAUCAAUGAUAAUAAUUUAAACAUUGAACAGUUGAAUAGUAUGAUUGAGCAGUGUAAAGAAAAGUUUAAUUCAGAGUUGAAAGAAAAAGAAGAUAAAAUGAAAGAGCUUAUAAAAAUAGUGGAAGACAAAUUAACAGAUGACAAAUUAGUAUUAGAAAAGAAUAGUAUGCUCAUGCUGAAUGAAAGAAAUAAUGAAAUUUCCAAUCUCAUGGAAAAAAUUGAUAUUUUAGAAAAUUCAAAGUCAAAUUUGGAGAAACAAUUGGAUAUUUACAAAAAUCAAGAACAUGAUAUAAUAGAGUUGAAGAAAGCUGUUGAAGAAAAAAAUAAAACCAUAGAUGAUAAUAAUUCAAAGGUUGAACUUUUAAACAGUCUAAUUAUGCAGACUAAGGAUGAUUUUGAUGUGAGGCUCAAGGAAAAAGAAAAUGAAACCAACAAGCUUGUGAAAAUUGUAGAAGAUAAAUUGAACGUCGAAAAGAAGGCAUUUGAAAUACGUAUUAAGUCUUGUCUGGAUGAAAAAAAUACAGAAAUUAAUAUAUUAAAAAAUCAAUUACAUGAGUUUGCAGAAAAUAAUACUGAAAAAGAAUUGAUGUUGAAAUUAGAAUCUAAUAUUAACGAAUUAGAAAAAGAGAAAUUACGGACAUUGAAUUUAGAAGCACUAAAAAUUGAGUUGGAAAAAACUGUGUUACAACAUAAAACUGAAUUGGAGCUAUUAGAAGUAUCCAAAAUUAAUAUGCAAGAAGAUAUGGGUAAAACUAUUGAAAAACAAAGGGGUCUUAAUGCCGAACUAACGGCUAAAACUAAAACUGAAUCAGAACGGUUAGAUGCUGAAAAAUUAAACAUCCAUAAACAAAUUGAUGGACUACAGAUUGAGUGUUCUAGGCUACGAUCAACACUAGAAGAAAAGAACCAUGAAAUCGAAAAUCUAAAAAUUCAAAUGUCUGAAGAAUUGAAGCCUACUGUUUCUUGCAAUGAUGAAUUGAGUCAGUUAAAAGCUUUACUUGAUAAGGGUCACAGCGCUCAAUCUCACUUGGAAUUCCGUAUUCAAGAGCUAACAGAUGAAAACCAUCGUUUAAAUGAACGUAUUGAAGGUGACAGUAAUCUACUUCAGAAGAAUCAUAACAUUAUACAAGAAAAAUAUAACAUUGAAAAAAAAUAUGAAGAAACUUAUAAUAUUUUAAAAAUUAAAGAGAAUCAAAUUUUAGUGUUGCAAACCGAGUUGAAUUCUUGGAAGUUAAAGGAUACAGAGAAAUCCAAGAAUAAUAAUGCUCAAGAAAAUACAGAUAAAUCUGAAGCCCAUUUAUUGGCAGAAAAAAAUCAAGAAAUUAAAAUGUUGAAUUCAAUAAUAUUAGGCUUGCAUAAAAAGUUAUCUGCUGUUAUGGAAACUGAUGUUUCUGAAUAUGAAAUUGCAAAAAACCCUGAGAGCGUUUCAAAAGAAGAUUAUCAAAAAUUAUAUAAAACAGCUAAGAACAAUGUUAAACUAAAGGAGUGUGAAAAUUUAUCAUUGAAACACGAGAUUAAUAAGUUAAAAACAGAAAAUGAUCGUUAUUCAGAGUUCAAAACAAAAUGUGAAAUUUUAGAAAAUGAUAAAAAAACACUUCAAAAAUUGAUAGUUAGUUAUGACAACUCUAUUCCAACAAAUGUAAAAAGUGAUACUAAAUCCGAAACAGAAAAAAUACUUGAAGAAAAAGACUGGCAGAUAAAUUUGUUAAAUAACAUAAUUGCCGAUCUUCAUGCCAAGGUGUCAGAUAAUAAAUUUAAAGUUGAAGCACUAGAAACACAAAUUUUAGACUCUGGAGUAGAUCAAAGCAAAAAAACACGUUUAAGAACUACUCGUCUUUAUUGUGAAAGAUGUGAAAUAUUUGAUUCUCAUGAUACCGAAGAUUGUCCUGAAAAACCAGAAUCUCCAAAAUUCCAAAGGAAACGAAGAGUAGUUAACGAUGGUUCAAAUAAAAUGAUUGAUGAACCAUUUUGUAUAUGUUGUGACAUGUUUGGACAUACAGCUGACGAAUGUGACAACUCAUUAACAUUUUAG